GACCUUCACUUCCUUAGUUUCCUCUUAGCAAAGACUUCAGCCACCCACGCAGCCCCUCUACCGAUCCAAACAAUGGGACGCGUCCGUACGAAGACUGUGAAGAAAUCGUCUCGUCAGGUAAUCGAGAGGUACUACUCUCGCAUGACGCUUGAUUUCCACACCAACAAAAAGGUUAUCGAAGAAGUAGCUAUUAUCCCAUCCAAGAGGCUCCGGAACAAGAUUGCUGGGUUCUCAACCCAUUUGAUGAAACGGAUCCAGAAGGGUCCGGUUCGUGGCAUUUCUCUGAAGCUUCAGGAAGAAGAGCGUGAGCGUCGUAUGGAUUUUGUCCCCGAUAUAUCGGCUAUUGCUGUUGAUUCAAUAGAAGUUGAUAAGGAAACCAUUGAUAUGCUUUCACUUCUUGGAAUGGCCGAUCUUCCUGGGAUUGUUAAGGUUGAUCCGGUUGCUGUUCAGGUUCCUCAAGUCGGGUUCGGACGUGGUGGUGGACCCGGAAGGAGGUUUUAAGUGGUGUGUUUUCCAUGGAUAUGAUGGGUUCUUAAUUUUAAGUUUAAUAUGUUUUCUUUUGGGAUUUUGUGUUUUUGUUGGAACCAUUUUAGUUAUGUCUAAUGCUACUGAAAAUUUAUUAAGUUUGAUAAGAACUUCCUUUCGAAGGUUUUUGGAAUGGGUAAUAUUUAGUUGUUAGCUUGUUUAAUUAA